GGGCCGGAGCCCUAAGUCGGCCCCGCCGAGUGCGAGCGGCCGCCGCGCGGGGCAUGGGGCGCUGAGGCCAUGGACGGCUACAGGGGCUUCCUGGGGCUGCUGGUGUCGGCGCUGCUCGUGGGCUUCCUGUCCGUCAUCUUCAGCCUCGUCUGGGUCCUGCACUACCGGGAGGGGCUCGGCUGGGACGGGACCGCGCUCGAGUUCAACUGGCACCCGGUGUUCAUGGUCACUGGCUUCGUCUUCAUCCAGGGCAUCGCCAUCAUCGUGUACAGACUGCCAUGGACCUGGAAAUGCAGCAAGCUCCUGAUGAAAUCCAUCCAUGCAGGGUUACACACUGUUGCUGCCAUUCUCGUAAUUAUCUCUCUGGUGUCUGUUUUUGAUUACCACAAUGCCGGGAAUAUCCCCAACAUGUACAGUCUACACAGCUGGGUCGGACUGACGGUUGUCAUACUCUACAUCUUACAGCUUCUUCUAGGUGUUCUCGUCUUUCUGCUUCCUUGGGCUCCACUUUCACUCCGAGCACUUGUUAUGCCCAUGCAUGUUUAUUCUGGGCUUCUCAUCUUUGGAACAGUGAUUGCAACGGUACUUAUGGGAGUGACUGAGAAACUGAUCUUUGGCGUUUCUGGAUACAGUACGUUCCCACCAGAAGGUGUUUUCGCAAAUACCCUCGGCCUCCUGAAUGUGGUAUUUGGGGCGCUCAUAUUUUGGAUAGUCACCAGACCACAAUGGCAACGUCCUAAAGAACCAAAUCCUAUCCUUUUUCAGCCAAAUGGAGGCGCUCGAGAGGGAGCAGAAGGCUCAGCAGUAAACUUCAGCCAUGUCGACCAAUCAGAUUCAAAAUUAAACAAUGAAGUAGCAGCAAAGAAAAGAAACUUCUCUGUUGAUGAGGCUGGACAGAGAUCUACCAUGUAAAAUGUUAUAGAGAUUUGGCCAUGUAACUUCACUUUUGAAAACUAGCUCUACAGUUUAGCUUCUCCUGUUUAGCCCCCAAGAUGAUUGAGCUCUGCAGAAUCAAUAUUUAUUUUACUCAUAAAGUAGGAUUCCUUUGAAGAGUUGGUAUUGAUUAAGGCCUAUGAACUUACCUAAAUUGGAAAGGAGAUGAUCAGUGUACAUAAUAGAAGAUAUAAAUUGUGGUUAUGUUACCUUUCUUGAGGAUCUUGCAUAGAAGAGGUGAUCAAAAUGUGUCUCUCAAAAAACAAACAAACAAACCAAAAGCAGAAACAAAAAUGUGUCUCUCAGUUGGUAAAUUUCAUUAGUUGUCAGCAUCUCUGGUCUCUUGUCAUGCAGUCAUUUCUUGUUAAUUCUGAGAAUCCAGUCCUAAUGUUUUAGAAUCAGAUCUGGGGCAGGGUUUAUGCUACACAGAUAACAUGAGUGGAGUACAGAAAAAAAUUUAGGAAAGUAACUUGUUCUCUUCUCUCAGCACCUGUCUCCUGCUCUCUCCCCAACUAGUUUGGUCUCAGAUUUGCCUUGGAGACCAGGAUUUCUAUUAGAGCAUUUGGGAGCUGUGACUGAGCCAGAGAUAGCUAAAGAGAUCUUUUCUUGUCACACCUGGAAGUUUUUCUGAAACUCAGCUUUGUCCCAAAGCUUCUGUGGGGUUUGGUGCACUUUAUAACUCAGAUUCUAAACCUAAUUAGAAUGGAAUAUGCCUGAAAACUUAUGUAGCAUAAACUGCUUCACACCCUCAAAGAGCACUUUUCCCCAAGUUUCUGUUUUUAUUUUAGAAAGUACUUACUUGGCACUUACUACAUGCCAGACACUGUUCUAAGCACUUUUUAAAUAUUAACUCAUUCAAUCCUCAAACUUUACAGGUUAGGUACUAUUAUUAUCUCCAUUUUACAGCUGGGAGAUCUGAAGCUGAGAAAGGUCAGUAACUUCCCCCAAGGGCAUAUAGCUCAUCAGUGGUUGAACUGAGAUUUGUCUCUUGGCUGUCUGACUUCUCAGUUCAUGUCCCUAACCACUUCACUCUGCUACAUUUUUCUAUUAUAUACUAGUUUGUAUGUACUUGGACUCACCGCUCGAUAAAUCCCAAUUGCUGGAGUGCAGUAGAGUUGUUAAAGUUUACCCUCUGGCUUUUUCCAAGGCAGAUUAACCAAGGAAAGGUAAAUAACCAAGGAAAGGGGCCCGCCCACACCUGUAAAUAGAGAUGGCACCCUGCCGCAGCCAACAUGCCAUGGCCCAACUUGAUGCCCCUUUGAUCUUAAAACUAUGUCUUGGUAAUAGAAGAGACUCACGUCAUGGUCUGCUCUUCCCAGUGGCAACAGCUAAGGCCCUUCCUGAUUUUGGUGGAGUUUUAGGGGAUAUCUGGAGCUUUGGGUUCUUAGUAGGGAAUUGAGACUCAGAGGUGACAUCUUUUGUGCAUGGAGACCUCUGUCUAGAUUCUGGGCUGACUUAAAUUAAAACUUAGAGUAGUGAGGUGCCUGGGUGGCUCAAUCUGUUGAGUGUCUGACCCUUGGUUUCCGUUUAGGUCAUGAUCUACUGGGUCAUGGGAUUGAGCCCUGCCUCGGCUCCGUGCUCAACAGGGAGUCUGCUUGAAGAUUCUCUCUCCCUCUGCCCCUCCCCCCACUCUUGCAUGCACAUGUGCUCUCUCUCUAAAAUAAAGAAAUCUUUAAAAAAUAUCUAGAAUAGUGCUUAUGCUGAAAUGAUGCUUUUCUUUUUGGUUUUGUUUGUUUUUGGUUGUUGUGGGUUUUUGUUUUUGUUUUUUGUUUUCUGGUUUCUAUGCAAUUUUAAACUGGACCCUUUUAAUGUGGGUUAAAACUUUACAGUUUACACCAAACACUCUUAACCUUUUUGGUGCUUAGUGGAGUUCUUUUUAAGUUAAGUGGUAAUUACCUCAGACUGAAUAUGAGCUUCACUCCAACAUAUCCAUUAAGCUUCACAGCUAACCAUUAAAGAUUCCCUCACCAAGACACUCUUCUUAAUUCUAUUUCCAAAAUUGAUAAAGGUGUCAUAAGUAUGCCUAGUGCCUGGCUCAAUGCCUGGCACAUAGUAGGCACAAUUAAAUUCAGUAUAGGUAGAGCAUGCUACAAUUUUGGUGUCAGGUAGAAGGAGUAAUUGUAUUGUCACACACAAACAUAUUUUUGAUAAAUGGAUGUUUCUUUACAUAAAGGUGCCCAAAAUUCCAGUUUUUUAGGGGGAAACGGGUCUGCGAUAGCACCAAUGAUCAAAGCUGCCAUUCCAUUUUACAAAGGCCAAGGAAGAAGUUACUAGUGAAAAGUUAAUUAUGGAUUUGGUGUGAGAAUAUUCUACUCCGUUGCAAAGUAUUUGAGCACUCAUCAUCUCAGCCCUUUAUUUUCCCUUUCUUGUGGGCUAAUGUGAGAGCAAUCUGGUGGAUAUUAUAAGAACUUCCUUCUCACCUUUAUGAAAACAAUGCAUAGUAAAAUAUAUCUAGAAAACCUUUCUGAGACUCUUCUUUUAAUGGGCUUUUUAUUCUAAUGGUAAUUGUACCUUUAUCUUUCAAAAGCUGGUAUUUCCUACCUAAAGGCAUCUCUCCCCAAAAUAUCUCAUUAAAAAGUCCACAAAAAGAAAAAGGGAGAAGAAAGCUUUAGGUAUCAUUUCCAAAACAGUGAUUGAAAUCUUCCCAAAUAAUUAUAGCUUGUAUCAUCAGCAGCGGUAGUCUGGCUUGGCUUACCCCAUAAUCUAAUUUCGGGGCGGGGGGGGGGACUUUAUUUUAACACUCCUCUAAAUCAACACUAAAGCCUUUUCUCUGGAAGGGCUUCUUGAGAAACUUAAAUGAAUAUGCUUUUUGAAUUAACGUUCUCGAAAGUGUACAGCUUCCUGUGCUUCUCAGUGGCAGGCUUGAAUUCACCCUCUGGAACACUUUCCUUUCCUUUCUUUGUGUGGUUUCAUUUAAUCUGUGCUGGUUAGAAACAGCAUCUCAGACCUUAACAAUCAAAUGACAAAGAAGGCAACUGGACUUUUUAAGUAAUACUGACAAAUGGUUUCUGUUUUCUAAAGGACAAAAUAAAGAGGAUGUCUUGUUUUUAAUUAGGCUCUUUUCCCUGCUGAGCUGAAAAUUGCGGUGACAUCCCGGUUGACCACAACUGCCGAAUCUAAAAGCUCAAAGAAAGAAUUAAAGUGUUAUGCUAAUUUUAUUGCAGUAUGAUAGAAUUUUUAUCUUGUUAUGUCCUUUCUUCGAUAACUCUGACAGGAAACUGUAACGGCUAUGUCUCAGAGCUGCACAUAGGAAAGUAUGGAAAAAUGAAAACUAUUAUUCUUUAUUCCUUACAAGAUUCCUGAAAACUUUUAAGUGGAAAAGAUUACUAUAUGUUUGAUCUUGCCUUCUUUGGGAAAAAUAUUAAGUAGCCCAAACACUUUAUAACUUUGUAGAAAAAAUAUGCAUCUAUUUUUUCUUGACCUGGUUUUAUACAGUAAUAAAAGUUAUUUUGGAAGCUA